AUGCCUCGCCCGCCAAUCACCACCGAGGAGAGGGUUGCCGUUCUUACGCGCGUGCUUGACCCCAAUGACUCCCUCUACCUCCCAAACCAAACCACGAAUAUCGUCACCUUAAUUGACCUUUACAAUAAAGGAAUGAUCACGGUCGACGAUGAGGUCUUCGUGGUCGACGGGCGCGUCGCCAGCAGAGAAGAGUGCAUCGCAGCUAAAAAGCCAUAUUUCUGGGAGCGGGGCAAUCGUACCGGGCAUCAACUAGCACAGAAAGCCAGCUACGGACAUGGCCCUUACACCUUUGGAUACGAGGUAAUCCCUUUCUCUCCUCAAAGCUCGUAUGCGUCUUCCGCUAUGGGAAGGUGGUGA